AUGGCGUCUCUUUCUCUUGAAUCUCAAGCUGAACCCGAUUCAACUGAGCAGCAUAUCUUCAACAUCCUCAAUGACUAUCUUCAGCCUUCUAGCACAACCCCUCCCAGUGAGGCCGCACAAGCUAUCCACGCCUUGACACCAAAGGCAGCUUCAACACAAGAAGAGGAUUCUGAACUGGAGGACUUCCUCUGGUCCACAUGGGGAACUAUCAUCAAGAUUGCCAAACAGAUUGAUGACAAUCAUCCCUCGCAAGACCGACUGGUCGACGUGAUCCACGCUCUGACCGAAUUACCGCCAACAACGGUGUCAAUCUGGGGUUCCGAAAAUCGCCUAUGGAAAGACCUGCCCAUCCUCGGACCAAGCCUGAGAGAAUCCUGGGAUCCACCCACGUAUACAAAACCCAACGACCCAGAAAUCACCGAGUGGAUUAACCUACAAGCCUUCACGGCGCGGCUGAUGAGCAAAUGCGACCCAUCCCUUUCUCUCCUUGGCGUCUGGAGUCUGCGGUCGGGAUUGGAAGAGGAACUGUCGGACAGGGAACUCGAGGGGGAAGUUGCCGCGGCAGCGAUGUGGAUGGUGUAUGGUGGUGAGAACUUGUUCAGUCAACUGACAGACGCGGUGCAAGACGAGGAGAUGGAGCGCUUGAUGAUGCCGGGGACACUGUAUAGCGGACCGGGACAGUUGAGCUUGGAGCGGUGGCAGUUCUGGAAGCGGCGGUUUGGGGAGAUGAGUGAACAGAUCCAAGCCAAUGAUGAGACUAAGUGGGUGAUUCAGUUGGCUGGGGAGAAGAUGGAGAGGAUUGAGCAGUAG